AUGCAACACGGAAUCUCGACAGAUACAGCACUUCAUAUUGCUAUCGAAAGAGGAUUUUACAAGACAACGAGAAAAAUAUUGUCAGUGAAUAAGGCCGAUGUCAAUAGACGCAACAACGAAUACAAAGAAACCCCACUUCAUCGUGCUGUAUAUUGGCACAGGUUAAAAUUCAUAAAUUUACUUAUCGAGCAUGGGGGAAACAUGAAAAUUACAGAUGCGCAGGGGAGAACUCCUCUACAUUGUGCUUGUCACUGUGUUCAUAAUAAAGACUCUAAAAAGAUCAUUGAUAAAUGUAUGGAAUAUAACUCUUUAUAUUCUAGAACCACCCAUAUGGGUUAUACUCCUAUGCACACAUUAAUCUCUCGGUCGAAAGAAACAACAGAGGAGGCUGCAGAAGUGGUGGAGCUUUUCCUAGAAAGAGGAUUUGAUUUGGAGACCAAGGAUUUCCGCGGAUGCACACCACUGUAUCUAAGCUUGAAAAGAGACGUUGAGCCAAUGGCUUCAUUACUUCUAAGACACGGUGCUCAUCUUGAUAUAACUGCAGACUAUGCUAUUCAUUUUCUCUUACCUCAUAUUGUAAGCACGGAAGAAUUGAACGAAAUGAGCAGGACUAUCCUAAAAUUUAUUGCCUUGGAAGUUUCAAAGGGGGCUGCAAUGCACGAAAGUCUAGGGGAGAUCUUGAGAGAACGAAAGGACGCAAGCACUUACUUGAAAAUGUGUUAUCAAGAAAUUGAGAUCCUCAAAUCUAUCAAAAUUGAGAAUACAUUCAUCACUUAUUGGAAACUUCUGACUAGAAGUAUAAAACAAGUAGGAAUGUACGCCGAUAACUAUUAUAUCGCUGAAGCAAUGAGGACAUUCGAAAUAAGCUCAUAUCCAAUUUAUGGCCCAGACAUUCAUUACAAGUAUGCGAAAGGACAAAGGAGGUUGGAAUUGAUGAAUGCAUGUGCAGACAGUUUGAACAGAAUGUGGGAAUGGAAAUUACCAUCAGUUUUCGUGAAUAUGGUAAUUGAUCGUCUCACAAUUCCUGAUAUGGAGAAUGUAAAAAAUGCAAGGCGUUAUAUUUAA